AUGCGGCGAGCUUCACGCUACCAGACCGGACGGAUUCCGGGAACAUUUCCGUUAAUCCAAAAAGCCGCUCUGACAACGUUUCGUCCAAAUCCUGAUGAUACAGAAGAAUUGGGCUCUAAGCACAUGAAUGGAAAUCUUCACCAUAGACGAAGAAACCUGAACGUGAGUGCUAUACUUACAUCGUCGUCAAAAUCGUCGGCUUCAUGGGCCCAUCUUGUACCCAAGAGAAGCUCGGGAGACGCAGAUUUGCUAUCUCCUCUGAGUGAUCCCAAGCCACUGUCGAUUUCUUCUAUAGUCGCCAUGUGUUCCAAGAGUUACAGAAUGGGAAAUGCUUCGAUGACUUCGACGAGCAGCCGACAACUAGGAGCCAUCGCGUUCAACGUUCAACGCAGUUCCCAAUUCAAACAACUCGGGGCCUCCGUUACGUACGACCACGUUGUGUUACCACAUCCAUCAGUGGACUUGGACACGGGGGUUUUCACUGCGCCGGAACCCGGGGUUUAUCUUUUGGGUGCCGAGUUCUGGUGCUGGCGAGGAGCGGAAUGCCGAACCAGUUUGGUGCUGAACCAGAUUGGGGUUCGCACUGGAAAGGCCAUGGCUGGCAACAACCACCAGCAAGUGUCCAUGUCAACAAUUGUCAAAAUGAACCAGGGAGACAUCGUGUCUGUCAUCCUCAAUAGUGGCUGGAUGUACAGUGACUCCAAGGACAAGUGGAUUCAGUUUUACGGCAUCAAAAAUCCCGGAAGUCCGACAGGAUUCGGAUGCCCUCCGACGUACAAGGGAUCCUCUGUGUUGGUGACGAAAACUCCGGGUUUCCCGACCCCGGCUUGCCCAGAAACGCCAUCUAUCGCCAGUGUGGCGAGAUUCAAGAUCUUGACGACUGUGCAAAAUAAUUAG